AUGGGUGGAUUCCUCACAACCCACCCGCUAUGGGUGGAUUCCUACAGCACCGCCCGCUAUGGGUGGGUUCCUCACAGCACCGCCCGCUAUGGGUGGAUUCCUCAACAGCACCACCCGCUAUGGGGUGGUCCUCACAGCACCACCCGCUAUGGUUAUCUACAUGCUAAGAAUAUAAUUCAUCGGGACAUGAAAUCCAACAAUAUCUUCCUCCAUGAGGGCCUUACAGUGAAGAUCGGGGACUUUGGUCUAGCCACGGUGAAGGCUCGCUGGAGUGGGUCAUAUCAGGUGGAGCAACCCUCUGGGUCCAUACUAUGGAUGGCUCCAGAGGUGAUCCGCGUGCAGGACAACAACCCCUAUAGUUUCCAGUCUGAUGUCUACUCCUACGGUGUGGUUCUGUAUGAACUGAUGACUGGAGAACUGCCUUACAGCAUGAUCGCUACUCGAGACCAGAUCCUGUCGUCCAUUGAGUUGCUGCAGCAUGCUCUGCCUAAAAUCAACCGCAGCACCUCCGAGCCGUCGCUACACAGAGCAACACACACGGAGGACAUUAACAUCUGCCCUUUGACCUACACACGCCAACCUGCUGCCGUCUUCAACAAAUGUACAUGCCAACCUACCGCUGUCUUCUAGACCCACACCAACCUGCCUUUGGCUUCAUCACAAAUGGCACUGUAUGCACUACGUUUUCACCAGUCUCAUAGUGCUGCCUUGUAGGGCUCUGGACAAUAGAAGUGCACAAGGUGCCAUUUUAGACUGUCUGCAAGGUCGUCUCCCAUCAGGCUGCCUGUGUCCUAGCCUGGACCCACCCUGCCGCAACAUGCUACCAGGCAUGCUUAAGGAGCAGUAACCCCACUUCCUAAUCAGUUACAUGUUAAAGCACAAUCUGUCCCAGUGCUGAGUGUUCUACAACAAUCUACUCACAAGAUCAGCAUCAUUGAAUCAAAGUGUAAAGAUUUU